UUCCCUCUUAUAUUUGUAGCUUUGAGCUGACAAUGAACAUUUGGGCUUUUCAUGUAAAUUCCAUAACUUUACAAAGAAAUGUCAUGUAGAGCUAGCCAAUGUCUCAUUUUGAUCAGAAUCUCGCGUGCUACAAUUUUAACUUAUUAAGAAAAGUUUUGGAGAGUUUUUGGAGUUUCUAAAAACUGGUUUUCUAGAAAUCCAGUCUUUGGAGGCCUGGCGGCCAAAACCAUUGCCAUAUUCGGAUUCAGCCCAUUUUUUUACCUAUUACCCACUAGCUUAGAGCUAAAAAGCGAGGUGGCAGUUGGUGAGCUUCCCUCGUAAGCAUUUUUUUGAAUAAUGAGCAGUCUCCAAAACUUUUCAAUUUUCUCCUUCAAAAAUAUUUUUGAAAAAGCAAAAGACGCAUUUUCUUACUCAUCUCAUGUCACAUUACGCCUCGCUUAAAUUUCAUCCGAUCGAGUUAAAAAUUCUAUUAGAGGUGCUUAAGACUUGCAAAGAUAGCUUUUUGGAAUUUUAUUUUAGACUUUUCUUUACCCAGUUAUACGAUUUCUAUAUAUAGGGUUUUCAGUAUUAUUCCGAUAACUCGAUCAGGAAAGGUCUUAAAAAAUUUCGUAAAAAUUCUCUCUGUGGAAUGACUUUGAGGACAUCUCGUAAAAUGUUUAACUCGGUCAGAUUAAAUUUACAGGAAGUCAUAAUGUGACACAAUGAAAAAGUGAGUUUUCUGAAAAAGUGAUGAACAGCAAUAGUUAAAAACUCGAAACAGAAACUAAAACGUGCUCCAUUGAGUUUCCAAUCAGUUCUGACAAUAUGAAGCCGUCUAAUAUUAUUUAGUCUGCAAUGUAAUAAACGAUAUGAAGAGCAGAUGUGCAAAGCACGAUGUAUCAUAUCUGUUAUAACAGAUCAUUUAUCUGACACCGGAACAUAUGACUUCCACUUUAAAGUAAAUCUGUAUAUGUGGAUUUUCGAAAAAUAGUAGUAGAAUCAUCUGUACUUGGACGUUUAAAUAAUACAUCAAGAAAAGAAGUCGAGUUAUUGUGCUCGUUGUUGCAUGUAAAUUCAAUUUCUAUGAACAUAUUUCAUAUUUAAGUCAUAUUCAACUUUUCAUAUCAACUAUUAAUUAUAUAACUACGUCAUAUCAACUAUUUCUUCACAGGUAGAAAAUGUGAACAUUUUUCUAUCGGCUGAUGUAAACAUUAUUUAAAAUUCAUAUUAAUUACUUAUCUGUGAUUAGAAUUGAAUGAGUCCUAUCGCUCUGCUCCGAUUUACUGUGUCGUAUGUUGCUUGACUGAUACAUAUUCCCCCAAUUGGAGUAAAUCGGAUUAGAGCGAUAGGACUCAUUUAAUUCUAAUCACAGAUAAGUAAUUAAUAUGAAUUUUAAAAUAAUUUUACGUCAAUCGGUAGCAAAAUGUUAACAUUUUCUAGAUUUCUAGGAUAAAAAUCACCGAGUUAUUACAAAAUAAUACGAAAUUGAUCCGAUUUCUUCCAACUGAUUCUAUCUCAUGUUUGAUCAUCUUUUAAAUCUUUCAUAAGAGAUUUUUAACUCCUGUUCAUUUUAUCUUUAUCUAAUGAUAACAAAGUUUGUCUCGUCUUGCUUUUUUCAGAUUAUCUUAUCUUUUACUUUCUUCUUCUACUAUGGUAACUCGACGAUUACACAUUAUCAACUUAAUAUUCAUCUAGUGCAUCGUUGUUGUUGUUUAGUCCACGAUAGUCGAGUUAUGUAUAGAUAUGUAUAUAUUUAACAAUUUAGCUACAAUUGCUACAAGUCAAACUGUCGUCUAUCCUUUUUUCUCAUUCUAUUGAAUGCCGCCCGGUUUUGUUCUUUCUUGUAUGUUAAACAUAUCUUGCCUAUCGAUUUCUUUUUUUUACAGUUGGAUUUUUUAUAGAUCACACGUAUCCUACUCUUUACAAAUCACGUCCUGUAGUAUGGGUGAAGAUUGUGAAGUAUAAACUAGUCAUUUAUAAAUAAACUAUGUCGAUAGAAAAAAUGUUUUGUGUAUACUAUUGCCGUCAGAUAUAACCUUGAACGACGAUCAAGAUUAAAUAGAACAAUCUGGUUCUCUCGUUGUUUUCACAGUCACACUUCACACAAACACAGACAAUUGUUUUGUAAAUACAAGCCCUUUGUUGACGAAAAAAAGGGAGAUAAAAGCUCCGAAAGAAAACAUAUAAAUACUCGAUAUUCGUUACUGAAAGUCAUUCGAUCAUAUUUUGGUUUCUAUAACUUAUAUAUUAUAUCAGACAAGCAGAAUAGAAGAAUGUUGAAAUCAUUCAUUAUUGCGGUUAUCUUAGUGUCAUAUGCAUCAACUACACCAGUUAAACGUUUGGCUAUGCUCGACGGAGCUACCGAUGGUGGGGUUGGUGGAGCAGUCGGAGGUGGUACUGGUGGAGCAGCCGGCGGUGGUAUUGGUGGAGCAACUGGAGCUAGUGCUGGAGGAGCAGUAGGGGGUGCUGUCGGGAGCGCAGUUGGAGGUCUUUUUGGUGGAUCAUAUGGAAGUGCUCUUCUAGGUGGUUUAGGUUCAGCUGCCCUGGGUGGUUUAGGAGGCGUUAUUGGUGGAGCAGUUGGAGGAGCUCUUGGCGGUGGUAUGGGUGGAGUUUUGGGUGGCGGUCUUGGUGCCGGUGUAACUGGAGCUUUAGGAUCAAAUCCCUGUUCAAAUCUUACUCUAUGUCUGAAUGAUGGUGUAUGUAAACCUAAUGGAAAGACAUACAUCUGCGUAUGUCCGAAAUUCUAUUCAGGAGUGAAUUGUCAACAACAUAAUUCUGGUAGAGACACAAAAGAAUUGGACGAUAUUAUUAGUGGUUCACAGAAGAAUUAUGAUCACACAGUGGAAAAUGUUUUAGAGCGAAACAAAGAUUGGACCGAUAUGCUCGUGGUUGCCGAUGUAACCAAGAGUAUGGAGGC